AUUGUGAUAAAGAGGAAAUUUGUGAAGGUUGUGAUGAAGAUAAAGUUUGUGAUCAUAAUGAAGAUGAAUUUUGUAAUCGUGAUAAAGAUGAAUUUUGUGGUUGUGAUAAUGAUUUUUGUAUUUGUGAUGAAGAUGAUUUUUGU